GAGUUGUUUGGCGGCGGGCGGGAGCGCGGCGCAGCCAGGAGGGCGGGCGGGCGAGCGAAAGAAAGGGGAAGGGGCGGGGGGGGGCUCCCCUUUGUUGCAUGGGGGUGUCCAGCCGGGGCUGAGGGGCGGGGCGGGCGCGCGCGGCGACCGUUGGCGGGCCGUUGCCUCCCGCUGCCCCAUGAGCGCGACGGCGGCGGCGGCGGCCCUCGCUGAGGGGGCGGCCCUGACUGAGGGGCCCGCCGUGCCCUACGCGGUGGAGCUGGGGCUGACCGUGCUCCACACGGCGCUCUACGCCGCCGUAUUCCUCUUCGCCUACCUGCAGCUCUGGCUGCUGCUCUACUACCGGGAGCGGCGGUUGAGCUACCACACGCUUUGCCUCUUCCUCUGCCUGCUCUGGGCAGCCCUCAGGACCACCCUCUUCUCCUUCUACCUGCAGAACUCCCUGCAGGCCCUCCGCCUCCAGCAGCCCUUCGCCCACUGGCUCCUCUACUGCCUGCCCGGCUGCCUGCUCUUCUCCAGCCUCUGCCUCCUCAACCUCUAUUUCGCUGAGGUCAUAUUCAAAGUGAAAUGUGCAGCUGAAUUCAACAAGUACAAGGUCCUGUUGUAUUUGGGCUCCAUAUUUACCAGCCUCCUCUUCUUAGUUGUGAACUUAACUUGUGCAAUGUUAAUCCAUGGUGAGGUCCCGGAGAACCAGCUGAGGUGGACAGUCCUUGCCCGUGCCCUAGUCAACGACAGCCUCUUCAUCCUCUGUGCCAUCUCACUGGCUUGCUGCAUGUGCAAACUGGGAAAGAUGUCUUCAGCGAAUGUCUACCUCGAGUCUAAGGGAACAUCUGUCUGCCAGGCUAUUCUUGUGGGAUCUGUAGUCGCUCUUCUGUAUUCCUCAAGGGCUUGCUAUAACCUGGUAGCUGUGGCCAUAUCUCCAGACAAUGUUCCUGGUCCUUUUAACUAUGGCUGGGACAACCUUUCAGACAAGGUGCACAUGGAAGUGAGCAGUGAGGAGUAUGUGGUGUUUGGAGUAGUCCUCUUCCUCUGGGAGCUGGUGCCAACAACUUUUGUGGUGCUGUUCUUCCGGGCUCAGAGACGGAGUCAGAACUUGACUCCAGCGGGGAUGGUCAACAGUCACAGUUACAGCUCCAGAGCCUACUUCUUUGACAAUCCAAGGCGCUACGACAGUGAUGAUGACUUGUCACGGCUUGGGGCCAGAGAAGGAGGCUUGGCCACCCCUCAGUGCUCUGGCUGCUAUGGGUCCCUGGCCGGGAAUGACAGCUACAUGGUGGGCCCCCAUCUCGGCGGAACCACUACAGACAGUGCCCCCUUGCUCUUUGCUGUGGGCGGCUCGGAGAUGAAUAAUCACCAUAGCUCAUACCCUGCACCACAGAACUGAAGAGACUGUGAGGUCCCUUUCUUCCCAGAAGUGGCAUUCAUGUAUAGGAUCGUAACCUGGUUUUCUCUUUCCUUAUUCCCUGAAGCAUCUAAUUCAUCGACAAACAUUCCACUACCUGCUGCAGCUGUAAGCAGGACUGAGCCUAUGGCUGCAGGCAGUAAGCAAGAGAACUGUGACUUUAAGGUACCAUGUAGCAAAAGUGAAGCUGAACUCUCUGGAAGCUUUUUCUUGGUCUGGUCUUCAAGAUGUUGGCAGCUAAAUGCACCAGAGCUUCCUCACUAGAAAAGAAACAUCAAAUGCAUAUUUGCACUUUUAUCUGCACACUUGGAAGGAAUGAAUCUUGCUCAGACUGUGCUUGGUCUGAGACUGUUCUAGUUAUCUUUUAAUUGCACAUCCAUAGCUGGGAGAGGCACUGUCUUCCUGCAAAGACGUGUUCUGUGAAGUACUCUGCAUCCUGACUCACUUGGGAGUGUGAAGCUUUGUCACCUGAGUGCGUUGCAGGCAGGGCCUCCUGUGGCAAAUGUUAAAGCAUACUGUGCCAUAUUCACACCUGGCAGGGCUGAGGCCUCUGGGCUGAGUGUGGCCUUGCUCUGACUGCUGGUCCUUGUUUCACCUGGUUGCUGAACUGUCCUAGGCAGGACUGUGGGUUCAAAGCUGAGCUCAAAGCAUAUCCUAGUGGAGGCCUGUGAGGGUGAGAUCGAGUGCUCCUACUGGCAUUAAGAUCACCACGUUGUAACCAACCCACUAGCUUAUGGCAAAGGAAGAGGGCUGGCUUGGAUGGCAGCUGCUGUCAAGUCUGGGGGGCAAGGCUUUGUAGGCUGCUUUCUUCUGGGAAACAUGGGGCUGGAGCUGGCUCUGCAAGAGUGUGUGUGCAGGAACAUGUGGCCCAAAGCACAUGUAAAACCAGGGCUGCUCUGCCUCUUCACCUGUCGUGGGGCUCCCUGUUCCCCCUCAGUAUUAAUUGCAUUUAGCAGGAAACCAGUUUUUUAAUCUGAAGUGAAUGUGAACCAGUGGGGUCUGCACUGAGGCACAGGAGGUGUCUGUCUGCUUGCAGAAGCAACACCUGCUGUUGUGGAGGGAAGUAGCAGACACUGCCCAGAUCUGGUCCCAGGGCUUCUUGCUCCCUGCUGCAGGGCAGGACCAUGUGCCUGGAGUCCUUGCACUGUCACAUACUGUGUCAUCAGUGCUUAGUGGUGUACAUAGGGUUUGAAUGUGCUGGGUCAGUGUGGGAGGAGGUUUCUCUGCCAAGGCUGACCUGGCCUAUGCCUCCAGCAAGCUUGUGGAGAUGAGGCUUGAUGUUAUCCCUGCUUGUCCCUGAGCCUGAUGCGGGGAUAAGUGAAGCAGCUUUGGACAUGGACUUGGAUGGAGGCACUGGUCCAGGGAGGGCAGCUGCUCUGGCCUCUAGUGACAGCCUGAACUGGAACUGCUUUUAACCUACCUAGAGCUGCUCCUGCUCUGUAAACCCAAGUCUGACACUGAAGGACCUAGCUGGGGUGAAGGACUCACCUGUGCAUGGAGUGGUAUGGUGCUGCCUGGCUGUGGGAUGCUGGUGUGGGAGGGACCCCGAGCAGCCUCAGUGUCUGCAGCUGUGUGAGGGAAUCCCAUGCACUGGGGCAGCCCUGGCCUCUCCUCACUUGCUGUCUGCUCACUAGUAUGGCCUGGUCACCCCAUCACCCACCUCACUUGUACUGAGCUAGAUGUCACUUGUCACACUGAGAACACCCUGUCCCUCUGUGGUCUGUGCUGGCUUGUGGGCCUCUCCCUGCCAACUUGCUUCACUCUUGCUGGCCCAAAAGAAAGGAGCAACCUCUGCUUCUUUUUAGAGAAGGCUCUGAGAUGACAACUUUCAGCACAUCCCUCUUGCUCUAGUACUUGAACCAGAGAGCUUCACCCUGACUGUCGUGGCUCUCCUCUGGCUGCUCCACCUUACGUGGCGUAAGGGACCUGUCUCCUUGCCUUGGCUGCAGAAAUGGGUUGCUCCAUCUCAAUUGCUGCUUGACUUAUGGCAAAGCUAAUGAAGGACCUGGACUCGGUGCAUUGCCCUUCUUUCUUCUCCCAUAAGUCACCAAAGACAGUAAGUGAUGCUAGUGGCCCUUGUUCUUGCUUAAAUUCCAAAGCACUAGGAGCACUUUAAGUUUUUCUUUGGAGGGAAAGGAGUGUAGUGCAAAAAAAAAAAUUAAUUAAAAAAUAAAAAAUUAAAGGGCUACAGGCUCAUUGUUCAUAUUGCACUGAAGCACACAACAACAAUAUGAUCUUCCUGGCAUUAGGAUGGCAGGUCGGGGCAGUGAGUCUUGUUGCUAAUGUACUAGUGAGUGACUGGCAAAGUGUUUUGGUUUUAUUCAUUUGUAUGGAUGGCUGUUAAUUUCGAAACUCUUGACCGCUCCUGCUGGGGCUGGUCCCGUGUUUUACUGAAGUAAUUUAUAGCUGAGAAGUACAAUGACUUUUUUAAUGCAUAGUUGCCUUUCAUUAAACUUUCUUUUUUUGGUAUGGUUUAACAGUAAUUUGGCUUUGCAGUCAGGCAGCAGCUGGCUGCAACAGGAAGCUGUGGCCAAUGAAUGUACCUAUUUGUUCUUCACUAAACUGUAACCAAGCACUACUAUGUUGAAAUAAAAAAAAAGUUUCUGUGCUAGGUC